UAAUAAUUAUUUACGAUUGAUGGAGUAAUUAUUCUGUAGAAUCGGCAUUUUUUGCGACAAAAGGGCCUAUUAACGUUAGUUUUCCUGUACUUUUUUUAAUGAAUUAAAGGGCCUACCAUAACCAGCGCAUGUCACCUGAUUGUUUGGUGAUUCAACCUUUGCGCCGGUUCGUUCGCCGUAAAAUCGCUGUCAUAGUUUUUAUUUGUCACAAUUUUUGUGGGUGUGUGUGAGAAUUUGAAUUUGCAAUUUUAAAAGUGCAUGUGUUAAGCCGAUCGGUUUGCGUGCACUAACCAAUUUUUUUUUGUGGCGAUACACUUGGAUCACAGGUUUGACCAUAGGGUUUUCAUUGAUGAAAGUGGUGCAGCCAUUUUAAUGGGACUGGAUUCGUGCGGAUAUCCGAUAUUUUGUGUACCGGCAACCCAAAAUGCACACCACUAGAAGUGCAGUUUGCCUGCAAAUUUUCUGGAUUCUACGAUAUCUUAUUCGAAUUUUUUGAUCUAUCCUCACAAAAAAAUACAAUAAAGGGCGUUGUUUUUGUUAUUCGUACCUCAUUUCGACUUCUGUUAUUUUUUUUUUGAAUGCAUUCCACGAUGGCCGAAGAGGAAAUACUGUUCGACGAAGUUUACGAAUUGUGCGAAGAAAUCGGAAGGGGACCAUUUAGUGCAGUCAGAAGAUGCAUCCACCGACAAACUAAUCAACAGUUUGCUGUUAAAAUUGUUGAUGUCGCAAAAUUUACCUCACACCCUGGACUUAGCACCGAAGACCUUAAACGAGAAGCGACAAUUUGUCACAUGUUAAAACACCCUCAUAUUGUCGAACUUCUAGAGACUUAUUCUUCCGAAGGGAUGCUUUAUAUGGUUUUUGAAUACAUGGAUGGAUCUGAUUUGUGUUAUGAAGUUGCCAGAAGGGCUGCAGCUGGAUUUGUUUACAGCGAGGCAGUAGCUAGUCACUACAUGCGACAGAUUUUGGAGGCGCUCCGCUAUUGUCACGAAAAUGACAUCAUUCACAGGGAUUUGAAGCCCGAAUGCAUUCUUUUGACUAGUAAAGAAAACUCAGCCCCCGUGAAACUGGGAGGAUUUGGGGUAGCGAUCCAAAUCUCCGAAAAACAUUCCACAAACAACGUUGCACGUGUGGGUUGUCCCCAUUUUAUGGCACCCGAGGUUGUACAGCGACGACAAUACGGUAAACCAGGAGAUAUCUGGGCAGCGGGAGUCCUGCUACAUAUAGUCCUUUCUGGAACCUAUCCUUUUCAUGGCAGAGGAAGAAGACUGGUAGACUCUAUUUGCCGAGGAAAAUUAUACCUGGACACUUCUCAAUGGGAAUUUGUAAGUGAUAACGCAAAAGACUUAGUCAAACAAAUGUUAACCGUAGAUCCUCAACAAAGGAUAACUAUCCAAGAAGUCCUGGCGCAUAAAUGGAUUCGGGGUAGAGACAGAGGACUUCGGAUACAUCUUGGCUUAGCUGUAGAAGAACUCAAAAAAAUUAACGCUCUUAGGAAAUUGAAAACAAUAGUUUUGAGUGCUGCUCACUCUAGUAAAUGGUUUUCCUGUGAUGAAUUUGCUUCAGAUAGUUUUUCAGAUUUCGGAGACGAAGAGGUUUCGUCAUCCGCCGUCGCCGUGAUACUAGAUUCGUUAGAUGAUAUCUAUUGUCUUCAAGAGUCGCAGCCUCAGGAGAGGGCCCAUCAUCUCGCGCUCCUCGAAGACACUGAUUUACAUUCACUUUUAGAGCUUUACGACAAGAUAGCAAAUAAAAUUCCACCACCUGUUCGACCUCCAUCGAGUGAUGCGGUCCAAAAGACGAAAGAACUUCUGGACAUCUUACGGGAUUGCGAACUAAGAAAAGAGACGGACAGAAGGGACGCUCACGAAUUAAUCGAACUCCUUUGUAAAUCCCACGUAAAGGCACUUCUCCAAGCUCACGACGUGGUUGCUCACGAAAUUUAUAGCGAAGAUGCGAUGCGAGUCACGCCACCUCCAACCCUUCCAUACCUCAACGGAGGUGAGGAUUUAGACGCUCCAAACGGCGACCUCGAAUUGGAAAAUGUCACCAGAGUGCGUCUCGUUCAGUUCCAGAAAAACACAGACGAACCAAUGGGAAUUACACUAAAAAUGAACGACGACGGCAAGUGUAUCGUGGCUAGGAUAAUGCACGGCGGGAUGAUUCAUAGACAGGCGACUCUCCAUGUCGGGGAUGAAAUAAGGGAAAUCAAUGGGAUUCCCGUUCAGAAUCAGUCCGUUGGCACGCUCCAGAAAAUACUGAGAGAAGCACGGGGUUCCGUUACUUUCAAAAUAGUUCCAUCAUAUAGAAGUGCUCCACCACCCUGCGAGAUAUUUGUAAGGGCCCAGUUCGAUUAUGAUCCUUUAGAGGACGACCUCAUUCCCUGCGCUCAAGCCGGUAUCGCCUUCAGGACUGGCGAUAUUUUGCAAAUUAUCAGUAAAGAUGAUCACCAUUGGUGGCAAGCCCGAAAGGACAAUUCUGCCGGCAGCGCCGGACUCAUACCUUCACCAGAACUUCAAGAAUGGCGAGCCGCAUGUUCCGCCAUGGAAAAAACUAAACACGAACAAGUUAAUUGCUCAAUCUUCAGUAGAAGAAAGAAACAGUACAAAGAUAAAUAUUUGGCAAAACACAACGCUGUUUUUGACCAACUCGACCUGAUGACCUAUGAAGAAGUUGUAAAGUUACCAAUGACUGAUCCAGCGUUCAGGAGAAAAACGUUGGUCCUUUUGGGUGCCCACGGGGUCGGCAGGCGACACAUUAAGAACACCCUUAUCGCAAAACACCCUGAUCAAUACGCUUACCCUAUACCACACACCACCCGACCACCUAGACCCGAUGAAGAAAACGGCAGAAACUAUUUCUUUGUGUCCCAUGACGAAAUGAUGGCCGACAUAGCAGCCAACGAAUACCUGGAAUAUGGAACCCACGAAGACGCUAUGUACGGUACGAAGCUAGAAACGAUAAGGAAGAUCCAUCAGGAUGGGAAAAUGGCAAUCCUAGAUGUCGAGCCUCAAGCCCUUAAAAUCCUCAGAACUGCGGAGUUCGCACCCUAUGUGGUAUUCAUCGCUGCACCGGCUUUACAAAAUUUGGCAGACUACGAUGGUAGUCUCGAAAGGUUGGUAAAAGAGUCAGAAAUGUUACGCCAGUUGUACGGUCAUUAUUUCGAUUUAACCAUCGUCAACAACGAUAUAGAAGAGACUAUUACGGCCCUGGAAAAUGCCAUCGAAAGGGUGCACACCACCCCCCAAUGGAUACCGGUCUCAUGGGUCUACUGACAGCGGCACCCUUCCGACGACGAUCUGCACAACUUUUAGCGAAUCAUGGAACAGCACGCAAUAACAAAAAAAAUUAUAAAUAAUA